AAGUGUGGUACGCUGGCUUAGGUCGUGCCAAUCACCACUGACGAUAUCCUACUUACUGCCUAAGUACAGUACAAAAGCUUGGGAACCCAUCAAGCUCACAACCGCCGUCUUCACGCCCAAACCUCACUAUGGGUCCGCGAGUUCGAAGCCUUCGACAUUUCGAAGGCAUUGCCCUUUCACACAGGACCGUUUCACAAACUCCCCGCUUCGUGCACUCCAGCUCACGUCGCCACGUCUCUGCUGCUCCAACGUCACCAACUUCUUCCUCACAUCUCCUCUCUAAUUCGCCACCCACAAGGUCACCGCCGACACCGUCCCGACUCGCUCGCCUCCCAACUUCGUCAGUCCUUCGCUCCUACCUCAUUACUGGAAUGUCAUCGUCGCCUGCCCUCCUUUCACUAUGCUUCACUGUCCUGCGGCGAAUGCUCGAUUCCAAGUCCUUCCUCAUGAGCAUCGAACGGAAUCCAGUCCUUGCAAAACUUCUGAAGUCAACGUUCUAUGCACAGUUCUGCGCCGGUGAGACAUCGAAAGAAGUUAAGGUGAACACGACUGCCGCACGUGAUGUACUGGGGUACGAUGGGAUAAUCCUUGAAUACGCUCUUGAAGUGCUAGGAGGAGGUACAAGCCAGAUCACAGAAGAAGAGACAGCGAAGGAAAUUGAGGUUUGGAGGAAAGGCAUGUUGGAGUCUGUUGAGGUGGCUAGGGAGGGAGAUUUCAUUGGUUUGAAAUGGUCUGGCCUCGGUCGCCGCGCGCUCCAGCUUCUGAAAUCCCAAGAAGAUGCCACACCAGCUAUGUGGUCUGCCAUUCUCGCGGCCUGCGAUGCCGCGGCCGCGAAGAACGUGGCACUCCUUCCCGGCGCCGAAGAAGAAUCCACAAACCCUGGUCUUGAUAAAUGGACAUUGGCUCUCCAGAAGAAAUAUAACACCCCAGAAAGCGGCCAUGCCAUCAUCUACUCAACCUACCAAUGCUACCUUAAAUCCACACCCAUAAAACUCGCACAACAUCUCGCACAAGCAGAGCGGGAGGGAUAUAUCGCCGGUGUAAAGCUAGUUCGUGGUGCAUAUCUCGCAUCCGAGCCACGGCAAUUAAUCUGGAACACAAAAGAAGAAACUGACGCAUGCUAUGACGCCUGUGCCGAAGCCGUCCUCAGACGCCACUGGACAUCCAGUAUCCUCCCACCUCCACCACCAUCUCAUUCAACCUCAGCAUCCACUCCCACCUCCACCUCCGCCUUCCCCAACGUCAACAUCGUCCUCGCAACCCACAACCACGCUUCCGUCCAACGCGCCCAAGCAAUACGAUCUUCACAGCUGCUUUCCUCGUCCGCGGAGUCCCUGCCGCGUCUCACGUACGCCCAGCUUCAAGGCAUGGCAGAUGAGAUCAGCCAAGAACUCGUGCAAGCCGCGGACAAGAAAGCAGAUGUCCAGGCUAAGGUUGUGAAGUGUAUGACGUGGGGUACUACUACCGAGUGCUUGAAUUUCCUGUUGAGGCGGGCAAGCGAGAACAAAGAGGCGGCGUUGAGGACGGAGGAUACGAGACGCGCUAUGGGUAAGGAGUUGUGGAGGAGGGUCAAGGGUGCUUUUGGGGUAAUCUAAAGAUAAAGGGAGGGAAGGAUUGGGGCAGGAAGAGGGGCGUAAGUGGGUUUGUGCUCAUAGUGAUCGUGGUGUUUGCGGGUCGGUCAUGGAGGAUGAGUGUACAUUUACGUGGCAUGAUCGUGUUUGUUUCGCAAGCGGCAUCAAGAUCCUUUCUGCUAGAAAAGGGAGAAUGAAGCAUAUGUACAUGAUUCAACGACAAUGGCCGGAAUGAGGAAUUAGGAAACGAAAUCUCACGGCCUUGACUCAACGGCUG